CAGGCGCGCCGCAGGCGGACGGAGCCGAGCCUGCCGGGCCGUGCGGGCGCUGGGUCCCGGGGGCCGCCGCCGCCGCCGCCGCCGCCGCCGCGUCCGGUCCAUUCCGUCACCAGCCGGGGCUCGGGCCCGGGCCCGGGCCCCCGGGGCAUGGCCCUCCGGAGCGCUCAGGGCGACGCCUCCACCUCCAGCCGCUGGAGCGGCGGCUCCGAGAAGACAGACUUCAGUGCCAAAAGGAAAAAGAAAGUAGCAGAGAUUCAGCAGGCUCUGAACAGUGACCCCACGGAUGUGGCUGCACUCAGACGCAUGGCGAUCAGUGAGGGGGGCCUCCUGACCAAUGAGAUCCGGCGCAAAGUGUGGCCCAAACUCCUCAAUAUCAGCACCAGUGACCCCCCGCCUACAUCAGGGAAGGACUUACGACAGAUGAGCAAGGACUACCAGCAAGUGCUUCUGGAUGUCAGGCGGUCUUUGCGGCGCUUCCCUCCUGGUAUGCCGGAAGAGCAGAGAGAAGGGCUGCAGGAGGAGCUCAUCGACAUCAUCCUCCUCGUCUUGGAGCGCAACCCGCAGCUGCAUUACUACCAGGGCUACCAUGACAUCGUGGUCACGUUUCUGCUGGUGGUAGGAGAUGAUCUGGCGACAUCCCUGGUAGAAAAAUUGUCUACCCAUCACCUCAGGGAUUUCAUGGAUCCAACAAUGGACAACACCAAGCACAUAUUAAACUAUCUGAUGCCCAUCAUAGACCAGGUGAAUCCAGAGCUCCAUGACUUCAUGCAGAGUGCUGAAGUGGGGACCAUCUUUGCCCUCAGCUGGCUCAUCACCUGGUUUGGACACGUCCUGUCUGACUUCAGGCACAUCGUGCGGUUAUACGACUUCUUCCUGGCCUGCCACCCUCUGAUGCCCAUUUAUUUUGCAGCUGUGAUCGUGUUGUAUCGAGAACAGGAAGUCCUGGAUUGUGACUGCGACAUGGCCUCAGUCCACCACCUGUUGUCCCAGAUCCCUCAGGACCUGCCCUAUGAGACGCUGAUCAGUAGAGCAGGAGACCUCUUUGUUCAGUUUCCCCCAUCCGAACUCGCCCGGGAGGCGGCUGCCCAGCAGCAAGCAGAGCAAACGGCAGCCUCUACCUUCAAAGACUUUGAGCUGGCCUCCGCCCAGCAGAAGCCCGACAUGGUGCUGCGGCAGCGGUUCCGGGCAGCUCUGCGGCCUGAGGACCGAACAAAAGAUGUCCUGACCAAGCCCCGGACCAGCCGCUUUGUGAAACUGGCAGUGAUGGGACUGACGGUGGCACUGGGAGCGGCCGCUCUGGCCGUGGUGAAGAGUGCCCUGGAGUGGGCUCCCAAGUUUCAGCUGCAGCUGUUCCCCUAGGGCCGAGGCGGGCGUUGCCUCUCACCUACCACGGCGAGGUCUCGCGCUUCCAUCUGGGGCAGGGAGGGUCGGGGCUCCUUUAUUAAAAGGGUCUCUGGCAAGGGUCUUCUCUUCCUGCCCCAUUUCCCUGGUGGCCCACGGUUUC